AUGAUACUUUAUGAUGUGUUCGUACAAAGAAUACUUGGACUUCUACCAAAUGAGAAUAUAAUUAAACUUCCAUAUCAUCGAUACGAUAAGUCGACACCGAGGUGCCAGACACGUCCGUUGUUGUUUGACUCUACUCCUACAGAUGAUACGCUAUCAUCAAACGUGAUACAGAAGGUUCGAAAUACAAAUACGCAUAAUGUUCUUGAAUUUUGGUCAGUAUAUACUUUAGGUCAUCGUGCUUACUCAUUUAAAAAGAAAUUUGUCCGUCAAUAUGACGCGAUCAAUAGAUUACAUAAUUUGUUAGCAGAAGGUCGUAAUACAUUUUAUCUUCCUUCACUUUCAAAUAUCAACGGUAAAAAAAUGAAAAGUUCAAUAUGA